AUGUCUUCCACUGUGACCGUCGAUCGUACUUCUAAAUUGACCGUCCACGAAGCUCCGAACAAGGACUCCAACAAUGUCAAACAAGAGGACCUCUCAGGCAGAAACUACAUCCGCUGGAACGCUGAAGAUGUAGAGAAGAUCCCAGAUGACGAAGAAGACGACAUCAAUGCAGUUGCCGAGCAGAUCAACCAGAUUCAGAAGGCCCAAUGGAACGUCCAUCGUCAUUGCUACAGCGGCACCCAUGCUCGUACACAUGGCAUCGUCAAGGGAAAGUUUGUCGUCCACGAUAACCUGCCCAAGCAUCUCAAGCAAGGUGAACUCUUCCAAAACGGCGGAGAGUUCGACAUCGUUGCAAGAUACAGCACUGAGCCUGGUGACCCGGGAUUGGACGUAUUGCCUCGCGGCUUUGCUAUGAAGCUCUUCGGCGUCAAGGGCGACAUGUACGAGAACUAUCCCACCCACGACAUUGAGUUCAACAGCACUCCAGCCCUUGACCUCGCCACUGCCAAAGUCACCCGCGAGAUUAUCGAUCUGCGUAUCAAAUACGGUCACGAUCAGGCAGAGCUACGCAAGCACCUCGAGAAACGCAAUGAUACUGAGCUGCAGACUGCACGCGACAAGGUUCGCAAUACCCAUUUGGAGAGCACCCGCCAGUACUCACAGACUGCCUACCGCUUUGGCGACUAUGUUAUGAAGUACUGCCUGGUGCCCUCCAGCGAGACACAACGCAAGCUCUACGACGAAACCGUACGCCCUGAAGAUGGCUCAGACAUUUUGCACCGUUGGCUUCAGAACUUCCACGCCACACAUGAUGCAGAGUACCUCUUCCAAGUCCAGCUAUGCGAGAACCUCGAAGACCAACCCGUCGAGUACGCCGGAAAGGUCUGGGAUCCCGAAAAGUAUCCUUGGCAAACCGUGGCUACAGUCAAGAUUCCAAAGCAAGAGAGCUUCGACUUUGAGAGAAAGACUUUCUGGGAAGAUCACAUGAGAGUUGACCCCUGGCAUGGACUCAAGGCAUACCAACCUCUUGGUGGACCUAACAGAUUGCGAAAGGUGGUGUACCCUGCAUCGAGUGCACUGCGCCGCAAGAUGAACGGCAGGAAGGAGGUUCACGUCACCAGUGUGGAUGACAUUCCCAACUGA